GAAAGUGUUCAAUGGAAAGAGAUGGCUGCAACGACAACGGAGAAAGGGAGAGAAAACAUUGCAAUCUUAUUCACUGCGGGAGGUGCAAGGAAAGCUAAGAGUAGCGAUGGCGGAGGAGAGCACGUUGAUGAAGGGUCUGGGGCUGGGCGUAGAAAACUGAAGGGACAGCUACAUUGGGGAAAUGUGGACGCAACAAACGAGGAGAUAAAUGUACAGCAGAAGGAGAAGAGAAAGGUUGUGAUCCGCAAGAGGGCAAAGGGGAAGAAGACAGAGAAGAAGUCAGAUGGGUCACGCAGAGUGUAACACCCUAAUCCGUAUAACCCGAAAUUACACGAAUUAAGACUCUGGAUCGCGACCCAUUUAAAAAUAUUUUCGGAGUAACGCGGAAGUACAAUAAUAAUCAAAUCAUGACACAUUUAAAAUCUUGAUGAUCAAACAUUUGCCUGCAAUCCCUGCAUCUCCUCCGACUCAUUGCCCUCCGGGAGUGGUUCCGUCAUUAUCUUCUUGUUA